AUGCUCUACGAAUUAAUUUAUCUUUUCUUUGCUUCAACAAUUCAAGCAGCUACAUCACCAUGUUCGGAUGAAUUUUCUGCAACAAAAUGUUUGAAUGAGAUGGAUGAUGUGAUUUGUCAGGAAACAUUUCCAAUUAACGAAGCCUUUCCAGUAGUAAAUGCACACUGUACAAAUUUCAAAUCGCACAAAGUUGAAAAGUGUCGGAAACAGUGUCGUAGUUGCUGUCAACAUCCAGAUUUCAUGUGUACUGAUAAGAAAGAUUCUGCUCUGAAUUGUCGUACGAUUGCAGAGAAAGGUCACUGUACUACAACAGAUGUCACAUUUAAAGCGAUCCUAGCCGUAGAAUGCGCUGGUAGUUGUGGCUUAUGUAGACAUGCUGGAUGCAUGGAUAAUAACUAUUUGUUGUGUUCUAUGCUUCAGAAACUCUGUGACCUAUCAGAUUACUAUGAACUUAUGGUGAAAAAAUGCAAGCGUACGUGUAAUUCAUGCGCUAUUGAUAUGCAAUAUCCAGGUUGGGUUUACAAUAAAGAAACAAAGGCUCAUUAUAAAUUUAUUGACGCGAUUUCUCAAAGUGAAAAUAUCAGUGCAGUAAAAUAUGAACGGAUGUGUGUCGAAGAGGAUGCACAUUUGGUCUCAAUACAUUCCGAAACAGAAAAUGCCUUUGUAUAUGGAUUGGCUGGCUGUGAACGAGUUUUCAUCGGCUUGCGUGGGCAAACAAGCGAUCAAUUUGGAUGGUUGGAUGGAAGUAGGGUAGAUUUCAAAAAUUUUUUUCCUGGCUUUCCUCUCGGUACCCAAUAUUGUGCUUAUAUGACUGGGGAUAGUAUGUUCUGGUACACGGAUUCCUGUUUUACGAAAGGCUGUGCAGUGUGUAAAAAGGUAAAUUAA